GCAGGGGGGAGGGAGGGCGGACGCGGGGGGCGCGGGCAGGGCGGGGGGGUGUGUGCGCGCUCGGAGGUUUCGGGCCAGCCACCGCCGCGCUAGCUAGAAGCGCCCCAGCCCGGCAAGCUGGCUCACCCGCUGGCCACCCAGCACAGCCCGCUGGCCCCUCUCCUGCAGCCCAUCUGGCGGAGCGGCGGCGGCGGCGGCGGCAGGAGAAUGGCAUCAGAACUGGCAAUGAGCAACUCCGACCUGCCCACCAGUCCCCUGGCCAUGGAAUAUGUUAAUGACUUCGAUCUGAUGAAGUUUGAAGUGAAAAAGGAACCGGUGGAGACCGACCGCAUCAUCAGCCAGUGCGGCCGUCUCAUCGCCGGGGGCUCGCUGUCCUCCACCCCCAUGAGCACGCCGUGCAGCUCGGUGCCGCCUUCCCCCAGCUUCUCGGCGCCCAGCCCGGGCUCGGGCAGCGAGCAGAAGGCGCACCUGGAAGACUACUACUGGAUGACCGGCUACCCGCAGCAGCUGAACCCCGAGGCGCUGGGCUUCAGCCCCGAGGACGCAGUCGAGGCGCUCAUCAGCAACAGCCACCAGCUCCAGAGCGGCUUCGAUGGCUACGCGCGCGGGGCGCAGCAGCUGGCCUCGGCGGCCGGGGCCGGCGCCGGCGCUUCGCUGGGCAGCAGCGGUGAAGAGAUGGGCCCCGCCGCCGCCGUGGUGUCCGCCGUGAUCGCCGCGGCCGCUGCGCAGAGCGGCGCGGGCCCGCACUACCACCACCACCACCACCACCACGCCGCCGGCCACCACCACCACCCGACGGCCGGCGCGCCGGGCGCCGCGGGCAGUGCGUCUGCCUCGGCCGGUGGCGCGGGCGGCACGGGCGGCGGGGGCCCGGCCAGCGCCGGGGGCGGCGGCGGAGGUGGCGGCGGCGGCGGCGGCGGGGGCGCGGCGGGGGCGGGGGGCACCCUGCACCCGCACCACACCGCCGGCGGCCUGCACUUCGACGACCGCUUCUCCGACGAGCAGCUGGUGACCAUGUCGGUGCGCGAGCUGAACCGGCAGCUGCGCGGGGUCAGCAAGGAGGAGGUGAUCCGGCUGAAGCAGAAGAGGCGGACCCUGAAAAACCGCGGCUAUGCCCAGUCCUGCCGCUUCAAGAGGGUGCAGCAGAGACACGUCCUGGAGUCCGAGAAGAACCAGCUGCUGCAGCAGGUCGACCACCUCAAGCAGGAGAUCUCCAGGCUCGUGCGCGAGAGGGACGCGUACAAGGAGAAAUACGAGAAGUUGGUGAGCAGCGGCUUCCGAGAAAACGGCUCCAGCAGCGACAACCCGUCCUCUCCCGAGUUUUUCAUGUACCCAAGGGAAUCCUCUACAUCAGUGAUGUGAAAAAGCCUGUUGCCUGAAGUCAAAGAGGUACAUCUUGAUUUCUGAUUUGCAUGUGCUUGCGUUACUGAGUUUUCCAUGACGGGGAAAGCGAGCACGCGAGGAAUGCUGCUCGGUCCUUGGGUGUGAAAACCUCUGUUUCAGUAGUUGCAGUGUUUGGGUUUCACAAGUAACAUAAAGGGUGAUACGAGGUGAAGGGAAGUGAUGCAAUAUGUGUGACCAGCAUGCAUGGAUUUCCGUAUUUAUUUCAUUUCAUAGGUGUGGUGUACAGAGCAAUUCACCCAGCUGGAGUGAAUCUCAGAUCUGUAGCCUUAACCAGCUUCCAUCUACUGACACUCAAAAAGAGCUAGCCAGUCCCUCCACAUGAAAGUCAGAAAAUUUGGUUGCCUCUGAACAGCCGAUGCCUGUACCUGGGCCUCGUGAGCAUUCCAAAUUUAGCCUCCUGUAAUUCACUCCAUUCUCACAUUUGGAAAAGUUAGUAUGAUUUCAAAGCAUGGUAUGUCUCCCCUUCCGCAUUCAAAUGUGACUUUGGAGCUACUCUCUACUUCUCUUGUAGGUAGAGAGGGGAGGAGAUGGGUAGGAGGCAGAAAUCUGAUUUUCAUCUACUAAAAAAAAAUGAAAUUAAGCUUUUUAGAUGGGUUUUCAAGGCCAAGUGUUCCAGUGUGAAUUUAAUUAGGAAUCCUCUUUGUUCGGAGAACUAGACCAACACUCUCACGCCAAUAAUUAUUGAGUGUCAUCCUGUUAUGUAUACUGGUUACCUCUUAUUGGCUAAUGGAAAGAAGUUUUUUUUUUAUUAAAGAUUUUGCUUGCUGAGACGUUUGCAUGAAAUACAAGUUUUUGUUUUCUAGAGAAACUGAGAAGGAGACAAACGUCACACUGUUAAAUUGCAACUCUUGGCAAAGGAGACACUUUCAGGACCCAGUGAAUUUAGAGUGUUGCGAAACAAAACCCCAUUUUUCCCCACUAUGCAAAAAACAUAUCCGGUUACUUACUUCUCCAUGCUACCAUUAUGAGUGUCUUUGAGUUACUGGAUUGUGAAUAUUUAACAUGAUUUUUUCCCCUAGCCUUAUAAAAAAUUAAUGUUUUCUUUACAGUUCUCAUGUACAGAUUUUAACUCAGUGUAUACCUUUGGGGUUGAUUUGUGUCCACAUGUGUGCAUGCUGUACCAAUACUUUAUUCUGUUCUUCUGCGUUGUUCCUUUUAGCUUUGUCUUUAUAGUUGAUAUUUGAAAGCCAUCUAUUAAAUAUGAUGAUCUAUGUCCACCAGCCAGUUUUAUUACAUCUAUUUUGAACAAAGAAUUAAUGAACUUUUAAGGCAAGGUUCACACUAGUCCUGACCUCCCUGGUAAUAUUUCAUAUAAGGUUACUGGUGGGAGAGAAAUCAAAUUUCAGCUGUGAACAUGAUUGACAGGUGAGAGCCAGCAAGAGAAAGGCAUUUGGCCAGAUGGGGAAUUUGGGGAAGGAGGAAGACAAUUCCUCCAAGUUAUUCUGUGAUAUUAGAUAUUACAAGCUGAUAUAUGAAAAGUUCAAUACUUGAUACUCUUGGGAGAGUUACUUAGUUUAAUUUUCAGAAAGUCACUUUGGUUAAGGGAUUUCAGUGGUGGAAGCCCAACACGGGAAACCACUAGCUUUCCGCUCUCUGGGAAAUUUCCACUCUGUACAGCUUUGUGGCUUAUUUCUGGCGAUUGUCUAGGCUAAGGUAUGAACAUUAAAUCACGAGCCAUUGGCGAAGCCAUUUAAUUAGCUUUCAUUUAAUCUCAGAAACACAGUCUAGAGUAUAUUACGGUUCUCAAGCAUAUUACAAAAUAUUUAUCUGAAGUAGUAUCACAAAAAAUGAAGUUUUCCAUUUUGUAGCAUCCUUUGUUUCUGGCUAAUAUUUUCCACUAGCUCACGUUACAACUUCACAUAUGCAAAUCUAUCAAAAUGCGUGAUUUGUCAAGGUUUUGCCUCCUGAAGAAAGGCCUGCUAACAUGAAGAUCAACAGAGACGGUCACGCGCUGAUGUUCAAUGGAAAUUAUUCCCCAGUAGCAUCUUUGGGUAAGGGGUGCUGGUAGCAUCGUUGCCAUGGGAGCAAGUCAUGAUGCUGCUUGGCCCUAAUACCAAGGGCGGUUUUGGAAUUCAUCCUAAAGUCUGUCUCUCAGCUCGAAUUGUCCAAAGGGGGUAACACAGUGGUUUGCACCACACUUGAAAGUAGGCCUUUAAAACCCCUCCUUCCGUCACAUGUGCUGAAACACUGAUUCCGAAGGUGGUGACCCCAGGACCUCCACCUGCUCACGCCUGUGCUCUGCCCCUUUCAGAUGUUCCUGGCAUUGGCUAAGACGCGUCGGCUGCAAGCGAGCCUUACAGAGCUGCUUCGGGCGGGGCAGGUGGGAUGCAGGCAGAGGGGAGGGGCCUGUGUGUAGCUUUCCUGUUGCCUGCGGGAGAGGCUGAUGGAACUUGUAUAAACAGCACUUCUUGGGUUCUGAGUACCCAUCGAUUUUUUUUUUCUGAUCUGACAACUAGCAGAGUGGGCAUGUUUCAUCUUGAUUAUAUCUAUCCUGAUAUGAAUUCAAACACAUGUAAGGAAGACUUUAUUAUUUUAUGCACUGGGAUAAAAAC